AUGGCCACGAUCGGCCUCGCGGCGGCCGGGCGCGGCGAGGGCCUCGACGACGUCCGCGGGCUCUUCGACGCCGAGGAGCCCAGCUUCACGGAGGUGCGGGCCGUCUUCGCGGUCUUCGACGCCGACCGCGACGGGUUCAUCGGCGCCGAGGACCUGCAGGGCGCCCUGGCGAGGCUCGGCAUCCGGCAGGACGCCGCCGCGUGCCGCGCCAUGGUCGUCGCGGCCGGCGGCGGCCGGGACGCGCGGAUGAACCUGUUCCAGUUCGUCAGACAGACAAUCCGCUUCAUUGGCGUAAAGGUCAAUCCUCGUGGUGGAGAACUUGUUGGAUCAGGACUCACUGUUCGUAGUCCACCACGCGCGCCUGGAAUUUCUGCAAAUUUCGGUCAAAAAUUCAAGCGCAAUGAUUUCGACCUUCAAAGCAUUGUCUGGGGGUCUGUCCCCACCGAUUUCGCCAAGUCUGGUUGGGUCCGUUCCAUCAGGGUCACAGCUUUGAUGUGUUCCUGUUAUUAG